AUGGAGUCUAUACCGCUUACAUUCACCCAUGAACAUCGAUCAGAUCGUUCGCUUUAUAAACUAUGGAAACUCACAAAUGACGUACUGUGCAUACUGUGCUCUAAAGUACCAACAACAGAGAGACUAAACAACAGAUCGUGGAGACUUUUAAACCAACGCGUGCUAAGGCAGCACCACUACUCAAACGUGUCUAUAGACAGUAUUCAGACAUAUAAUGGAAACAACAAGAACAACAACAAGAAUAAGACCGGUACUGGAAGUAGAAGUAGUAGUACUAGUAGUAGUACUAGUAGUACUGCUGCUGCCGCGUACGUCGAUAUCACUGCAUCUCUACAAGACGCAGAGUUAAAUGAGCUUCUUAAGGAGAAAUUGACAAACCUCAAACCGCAACAAUCUCAGUUUAUAAUGAACCGGCCAUCUCUAUUCACACACUCUUCCAACUUUACCCAAUACCAAGCAUCGCGGAAGGAGGCUAGCAUAGAAGAGAAAAAGAUUGAACAAUACAACUACUCACAUACAGAAAUCCAUCAUGACGAUGACAUGGAGGAGGAUAGCAGUAAUAAAGAGUAUUUUGAUGAAGAAGCCGGACUUCUGUCUGAUAUCUCUGACAUAUCUGACGAUUCCGAUUACGAAGAAUGCGAAUAUGAAGUAUCUCGACAACAUACUCAAACUCAAACAUUUUCACAAGAACCCACUGAAUUGCAACCUGAAAAUACUUUGGAAAAUAAUGCACGUACUAUGGACGAUACUACUCAAAAACAAAGUGGUUUGAAUACGGAAUUUAAUGAAAAAGACACAGGACUUAUGCAAAGUCAAAUAUCAUCCACGAAACAGCAUACCUCCAUCAACAGGGAACACGAAUCAUUAUUCAGUACUGGUAAUAAAAGCAACAAGUCCACACAAUCAUCCUUACAGAGUAUAAAGAAUGGCAGCGUACAUGGACAGAUAAAUUGCGACAACUCAAAAGAUGACGAUGAAGGAUAUCUGUCAACAGACAUAUCAGAGGAUGAAGAAGGCAGCGAUGACGAAGAAGAAGAAGAAGAAGAAGAAGAAAGGGGAGGAGAACCACAGCAACUAGAAGAUAAGCAAGAAACAAUGGAAACAAAAGUAAAUGAUGAGAUGGAUCCAAAGUUACUUGUACGCGACGAGGAACCAAGCUCUAAUAAUGUGAAAGAUGAUAACGAAAGUGAAUGGAUGUCAAUCAGCUCAAGCUCUGUUGCUUCCUCAGCAAUCUCGGGCAAUGGAGAUGGCGUAGUGGCAAGAGCAGCGCGCGAUGAAUCGCUUCAAUUCACAAAAGUUCAGCUUCCUCCAGCAUCCACUAGUUCAAUGGAGACAAUUUCUUCAUCAUCCGACCAUAUACAAGUACCCAACACCAUGCCAGCUUUGCCCAAACCAAGGUCUCUACUUUCUGGUUUAUUUCUCAAUGAGUUGGCACAUCAAAGUGCCGAAUCAUCAGCAGGAGCAUCUACAAAUGCAUCUACAAAAGCAACUACAAAACCACUUACAAGACCAGUUGCAAAACCCAUACUCAAACGAUCCAGCACCACGGGAGUGACAACAAUUGACCAAGAAAAUCAAAGACCAUCAAUUUUAUUUAAUAGAAAGUUUCCUUCAUUUACAGAUGUGGCUAAAUUGUCGAAAAGAGCUUCUACAGUAGGUGCACUACCACAAGCUCAACCACAACCACAACCACUAACAACAACAACAACCACAACAAUAGCACCAACUACAAUCUCUGCUACAGGAACCAAUUCCUCUUUGUCAUCACCUUCAUUACAUGCACCUACAAUGGCAUCUCUUGCCGAAUUACAAGACGACGACGAGAUAGCGCCUUCCAAAAAGCAAGCAAGUGUGGUUGGUAUAUCGGAUAUAAGCGUUUCAAAAGUACCCAAAGCACCAGAAAUUACCGAUGAAGAGCACGAGAAAUUUUCGAGUAGCUUAAACAGACUCUCAAGAUCGGUUUCUCAUCAUUCAUUGAUGGCGUUGCUAUCCAAAUCCACCAUUUCAUUCACUCGAUUAUAUUCUGCACCACAAAAACUGAAAUUACACGCACGUCCUUUGGAACAUAAAAUUCCCGAAUCCUCUAAAUAUGGUAAUGUUGCAUUUAGCACCGGGAGUGGAAAUGGAAAUGGAAAUGGAAAUGGAAGUGAGAAGGGGAAUGAUAGCAUUAAUGGUAGUGACAAUGGCAUCUUGGAUAAGCAAGAUGUCAAGCGCAAUCAAAUGGCCGAGCCAGAACACGAUCACAGUAAUGGUAAUAGUCAUAUUCGCGCACAGAACCAUAAGCAAUCCCCGAGUUCAUUAGCAUCUUCUUCGUCAAUAUUGAUCAGCUCUUCCAAAUUCUCAAACACUCCACCUCCACCAAUUGCACCAACCCAAAUGCAAAACACUAGUAUUCCCGAGCCUAAACCAGAAUCGAAUAUAGAGUCUAGAUCAGUUUCAAGGUUGGAAAAGGAUUUGUUCCAAACUGAGGACCUUAGUCAAUCAUUAAAGGAGGCUUUAAUCAUUGAUGACAAACUAGGUAAAGUAGCAAUGCCCGAUAGACGAUUGAUCAAGAACUACCAACCUCAAGUUCGAAUUGGCAUCGCUGGCGAUGACGAUUUUGACGAUUAUCAUGCAAAAGGAUGGUAA